GGGGGGAGGCAGCACGUGGCCGUGCCAUGGAGGUCAGCCACUCCGUCAAGGAGCGCACCAUCGCUGAGAACAGCCUGGUCAUCCUGCUGCAGGGCCUGCGCGGCCACGUCACCACCGUGGACCUCCGCGACGAGAGCACGGCCACGGGGCGCGUCACCAACGUGGACGCCUUCAUGAACGUGCGCCUGGCCGAGGUGACCUUCACGGACAGGCAGGGCUCGGUGUCCUGCCUGGACGAGCUCUUUGUGACCGGCAGGAACGUCCGCUACGUCCACAUCCCCGACGAGGUGGACAUCAGGGCCACCAUCGAGCAGCAGCUCCAGGCCAUCCACAGGGUCCGCUACUUUGGGGGCCGCGACAAGGGCAGGAAGGAGUUCCCUCGCGCCAAGCACAAGUGAGCCCCUGGACUUGCCCCUUCACCGGACUGCCAGCCGCCUCCACGCCUUCCCCCAGGACUCGGGGCUGUGCUGCUCCCCUGGCCGGUGCCUGCCGGGGAGGAGGGUUAAUUUUUUUUAAUGAAUAACUCUGCUUUAGAGGG